AUGGGCCCCAAACCGCGCCGCCGCAGCAAAGCCAAAAAACCACCCGCGGCUAACCUCCCGACUCCCGCUCCCGCACUGCUCCUAGGGCCACACUCAAGUGCUGGCGAUGAAAAAUCUCGAACCGACCCGGGCAACGAGGAUGUGAACUGCGCGGAGCGCCUCGGGGGUCCAUCGGAUAGGGCAUCUGAUUCAGGUGAGGCGAGAGUGACAGCUCAGCUCCAUGGACUCUCGCUAUCCAGUGCGGCCACCAGAGGCAGUUAUCCUCGCCUAACUGCACGCGGCAACGAACGAGCGACGGGAGUGGGCGAGGGCGUGAUCUGGAAUAAGGCCGAGGACAAUGGUGAUGGCGAUGAUGAUGACGGUACCCAUGAGUAA